AUGCAACGACUUUUGCCACCACUGCCGUCUUUGGCUGGCUCUUGGGGAACAGAUCCAUCUCGGCCUUGCUUUGUUCGGUACGGCUCUGAUUGUUUUGGGCAUUUGGCUUUGUAUCAGCUAGCUGCCAAGGCAACUAGGCAACUAGGCGGCGGAGCGAUCAUGGAAUGGAACUAUGCAGAAACAACUGGUGCUCAGUCAUUCAUAUCCACAACUGAUGAUGCAGAGAGACCUGCUGCUCCAACAGCUCAGCCUUUCCGAUUUACGUACGGGGAGAGUAUUGAAGCUCCAGCAUUGACGAUCAUCAUCAAUGAUAACCGAUUGCUUGAUGUACUUCAGGUUAUGGUUAGCAUAGCAGAGCAGGGGAGCGCCAUCAAGCCCUCUGCAUUCUAUGAUACCUUUCUCAAACAUGGUCGCUUUUUGGUGAUGUUUGUGGUGUUCCUUCUUGGCCGGUAUGUUAGCCAUAUACCGUUGUAUCUAGUGUUCUUCUGCAUCUCUCUAAUUAGCCUGUCGUUUCUAUACGUCUACAUCCACUAUGUGCCGUUUCUGUUCUUACAAGAAGACAUCAUGUGGAUUCGAAGAGAGUCGAGGUUACUGAAUGCUAUUUCAGAGGAUGCAGCAAAAGUGGCGGGUUUAAGGGAUCAGAUAGACACCAGAGCAAAAGAAAUCCUGGAUCCCAGCAUUUACUCUGGUGGAGCAACUAUAGAAGGACUAAAUUAUGUUGAGGCAGAAUGGGUGGCCAAAACCAGAUCAGUAGUUAAAAGAGCAAAUGCUUUAGUGGCAACCUUUGAGAACCAGAGGAGAAGAGACUCCCACAUGAUCCACAGAAUAUGUUUUGGUACAAUCAGUGAGAAGGUGAAGCAGGUAGAAUGGCUUUUAACUGAAACUAAGCAAGUUAAGGAGGAAAUAAACGAGCGCAUUAAGAUGAAGGCGGAUCGUGGGAUUAACAUAUGUGAAUCGCUGGAGAGGUCGAGAUCUGAAAUGAGAAGCCUUGUAGACAGACCCAUUUAUGAAAGCAGUCAUCAACAAAAAUGGGUAGAGUCUAAAAGGCGAGUUGAAACAUCAGCUGCUUUGACUUUCUCCAUUACAAAGAAGAUGAAUAGUCUGAUGACUCAAGAACCAGAUGAGCAAAUACAUUCAAUAUAUCUGCAGUUGAUGCUACUGUAUCCCUUUCUGAAAGAUAUAGAAGAAGUUCGUUUCGAAAGUGAAAUUGAAGAGGCUUGGGUGGAGGAAAUGGAAGAGGUCAUUAAUCAAGCACAACCUGCCAUUGAAAGCUUCUUACUGCAGAGACCAGAGCACCGAUUAAGUGGCUAUCGAUUAUCGACAAUUGGAAGGCACGGAGAAAGCUCAAGGAGGACAUAA